UUUGUCUACUCAUUCACUGCCAUGGCUGUUCAUUUCACCGUUCUUCUCCUCUUCAGUGUACUCAAAGGAGUUCACAGCAUAACUACAGUCAGUAAAGUAUCAGUGAAAACUGGAAAAUCUAUCUCCAUCCCAUGUCUCUAUGACUCACAAUAUGUUAAUAAUGUGAAGUACUUGUGUGAAGGAUAUUAUUGGAGGUACUGCAGCGAUGCAGUAAAAACAAACAAACCAGACCCUUCAGGAAAAUAUUUCAUCUCUGAUGACAAAGGAAAGAAAAUUUUUACUGUGACUAUAAACCAGCUGACCAAUGAAAACACUGAUUACUGGUGUAUGGUGGAGAUUGAUGGAUGGGUGGAUGAUGGAGUGCAUUUUCAACUGUCAGUUACCAGUGGUACCCCCAGUCUCUAUGUCGAUCAUCAGAAGAUUACAGGAUAUAUUGGAGAAAACAUAACUGUUAGAUGUCACCACAGCAUUUCUGGAGAAAUGAAGUGGUGCAGGCUGGGGAGGAACUGUGUGACAGGAUCAUCUGGAUCCAUAGAUGAAACAACAGUGACCGCUCACAUGACAGAACCAAAUGUUUUCACAGUGACCAUGAGUGGACUAAAGUCAGAGAACACUGGCUGUUAUUGGUGUGCUAAAGGGGACAUUCAGAUACCAGUAUAUUUAACUGUUACUGAAAAACCGAUUACCAGUAACAAGUACAAGUUCUGUAAGUUAUCAACUAAACUCUACAAGUAUGAGAAUUUGAUUCAUUUAUAA